UAAAACCACACACGCACACACUUACACACACAAAAGAUUUCGUCUGGUCUGGAUCACUUAUUUUUCUCGUCCUGUAAAAAGUUAGUUUUUUCAUGGUGAAAAGCAUUCGCUGCAAACGUUGUGUUCGGUGGAAGUUACUCUAAAAGCGACCGGAAGCCGAAAUCCGUCGUCCGGCCAGUUGCGAUCGACGCGAAUAAAAGGGUACCAAAACUGCGUUCGCUCCCUUUCGGUGAUGUGAACCAGAGCGACGACGACGACGACGACAACGACGACGACAACGACGGAGCUAGCAGCAGUUUCUUUGCCGUUGUUCUUUUUUUUUCUCCUCCCUUGAAUUCGUCGAACCUGGAGAGUUGCAGAAAAUUGGCUGUGCUUCAGUGUCGCGAAAGCAUUUCGGCGCGGUUUUUUUUUGGUGUUUGGUGAUAAAUCUCUUCCCUUUUCAUGGGAGAACAGUGGUGUGUGUAGUGUGAUCAACGACCCAUUGGUGUGUGCAAAAUGUGUUCUCCAAGUAGUCUACCAAACAACACGACGCCGGAAUAGUUAACUGAUUAAUCGUUAGUCAUCGGGUGUGUAGCGGACGGGUGUCAAAACCGCCACAGACAUCCCGCUCUUUAUUAGGUUAGAAUUACGUAGCAACAGAAGAUCCAAAAAGAAAGCAACAUAACCCAUCAUGGCAAGCAGCAGCAGCAGCGACGACCAGUGGUUGAAGGAGGACGGCUACCUGAACGUGGACGCAGAGUCGCGUUCGAUCACAUACCAUCCGUAUCUGAACGUGAUUCUCGUCGUCGGAAGCAACGGCGAGGUGAAGCUGCUGGACGUCAACUCCGGUGUCAUACUGCAAAGCUACAGAAUAUCGGAUCUUAACACAGUGCGAUGCCGAUACUUGCCCCAGCAGGAUAAGAUGUUGAUUUGGAACGGGCGCAAUAUUUGCAUGCGCGGCGAUUACAACGGCGUCCUGCUGCUCGAUACGAUCCUGCAGGCACCCGUCACCUCGACCGACGAUCGCGUGCGGCUGGAGUUGCUGCUCUCGGAGGCGCUGCUGUUUUUGCAGUGUCUGCAGAAUCUGGAGGAGCACGGGCUGGAGAACAUGAGCGACGUUACGAACGAGCUGACGCAAAAGAUCGGCGAAGCGCAGGCCCACUCGAAGCGCGGCAUUAAGGCUCAGAAGUGGGAGACGGUGUGUCUGGAGUUGCCGCACUCCUCGCUCCGCAUGGUGGCGAGCGGUGUGGUGAUGCAGCUGCGCCGGCUCGACCAACACAUCCCGGCGAUGGCGAUUGCCUCGGCGAUCAACGAGCGGUUGACCGAUUUGCUGCGGGGGGCACGCGUCACCGAGUCCGCCAAAUCGGUGCAACGGUUUCAGAUGUACUCGGAGGCCGCCCGGCGCCAAACGUUCGAGGCGUGGCCGCACAUGGACUACAAAUGGGUGCUGCCGGAUCAGAUGGCCCAGGCCGGGUUUUACCAUCAGCCGGGCGAGAAUGGCAACAAGGAUCGGGCGAUGUGCUUCACCUGCACCGUGUGUCUGGUGUGCUGGGAGAAGACGGACGAGCCGUGGAGCGAGCACGAGCGCCACUCGCCCGAGUGUCCGUUCGUGAAGGGCGAGUUCACGCAGAACGUUCCACUGUCGGUAACGUACGCGACCAGUCCGGCCAUCGCAACGGGCGGCUUUAGCUUGAUCUCGUCCGGCGAUCGUGGCGUUGUCUUUUGCACCGGCAAUCCGUCCGGCGAUGUGACGGUGUGGAACAUCGAGCGGCAGCUGACCAAAGUGCACGAGUUUCAGGUGAAGCUGCAUCCGGACAUACUGACGACGACCACCAUCAGUCCGACCGCGACCGUCAACUCGAUCGAGCUGAGUGCGCUGGCUGCGUACUUUGUCCGGACGCCGCCCGGUAUGAUUCUGAUGCCAAGACGCGCUUCCCUCUCGCUGAAACCGAAAAUGCUCGGCACGAAGAUUGUGGCGGGCGUACGGGUGAACAGCACCGAACCGUUCGACGAGGAUAUGGACGCGUACAAGCACGAGCCGGAAACGACCCUUCUGCUGAUCGUGUACAACAUCGAGGACCCACUGUUGGAAGAUAUCCUGCACGGUAUGCCGUUGGCAGUCGCCAAUGGUAUGCCGAUGGCAAUGGCCAACCUGCCACCGGGAGCCACCGUCACGCUAAACGCUGGCGUUGGCGCCAACGCCAAGAAGACGAGCCUGUUUACCAUCAUGGAGAGCACGGAGGAUGAUGCGGUAAAGCUGCUGUCCGAACGAACCAACCUGCUGAUGGACGAGCUGAAGAGCGCAAAGCACAAGCUAAUAACGCAAAAGUCAAACAAAGCGAAAAAGAAACAGUACGCCGAUGUUAGCGAAAACGAUAGCAGCGACGUGAGCGCACUGGCACCGGCGGACACAAUGCCACACACCACGCUACCAUCCACCUCGAUGAACAUCGUGACGGAUGCGCUGGCCACGGGUAUUGGCAGUAGUACCGCUGGUAGCGGAGGAAUCGGUGGAGAAAGUGGUGGCGAUGGUGGAGGUGGUGGAGGGGCCGGAGAUGAUGGAGGAGGUGGAAGUAGUAGCAAUGAGAAGGAGGCCAUUUAUUGCAUACCGCUGCAGUACAUUGAGCUGCCGCCAAUACUGAUCGACUCGUACGAUCAUUACUACAUCUCAGACACGGUUCCUUCCAGCGAUAAUAAAUAUUUGCUGGUAGUGGUUAAGUACGAUGCCAGCACGGCGGCCAAAGAUACACCCACUGCUAAGGAGUCCGGCGUGCCAACCGCCAAUGCGGCCGACGAAGCUGACGAACAGCAGAAGCAAACGACGGACGGCGCGGAAUCUGCGGGCCCGCGCUGGUAUGCCAUUUUGUUCCUGUACUUUCUGAACGAGGAUGGGCUGGUGCGUCUGAACGAUCCGCUGACCACGUGCCUGAAGCAGGAGCAGGUGCCGUUAGAAAUUACGAUGCUGCCAAAGUGUGACGGCACUGGGCGGCACUUCGGUGGGCCGGAAACGGAGCAAGGAAUCUUUGUGAUGACCUGCGCCGACGGCAAGCUGCGCAUUGUGUCGCUCAAAACGCUCGGCAUCAUAUCGGAAGCGUCGGUAAAGGACGAUCGGUUCGUGUCGGUGACGUACUGCAAAAGUUUGGAGCGGCUGUGCGGUUGCACGGCAAAGGGUUGCCUGCAUUUCUACUCGUUCUACGAUCUGGACGCGGACUCGAGUGAUGAACGUGACGAGGAGAUCGUUGUGCCGUCACCGGCGGCCAUGGACGCGACUGACGUACCGUGCGGCGGGACUGCUAGCGUGGAUGGCGUCCAGUCUAUGGAUGAUAUCGAUAACGUAACCGCUGCAUCGAUGGCAGGAGCAGAAGAAAAGCAAAGCAAUGCCGGAUCAACGGGAACUGCACAGCGAACACAAACCCAGCAGCAGCAGCAGCAGCAACAGCAGCAACAAUCACAACAUCAUCCUGAUGGCGUGGGACUCGACUGGUUGCUAGCUUUCCGCAAGGAUAUCGGCAAUGUGAACAAUCUGAAGAUGCUCCACACGUUUACACUGUUCAGUGAGCUGUUAACGCCUUAUUCCGCUGAGGUGCCUGCCUGUUGGAACGAAUUGGAACAAGCCCAAAAGCAACGGCGAAACCCGCAGCACCUGCGCCCCGGAGACGAUACACAUCUAACGAAAACGUGGCGAUUGCACAAUGAUGCUUCAACCUGGGAUGAACAUCUGAUCGAGCUUAACCUACCCAAAUGCACCUCGCUCGGUCAUAUCGAUUUUAAAUUUUCUCUCUAUCAACCGUGCGCCAACUCGCCUGCAAUACAGGUGACGCUGCUGAAACAAAAGUCGAUGGGUCUGUGCACGCGCCGUAAAACCCAGUCGAUCAAUCGGGUCGAUGAGUCUAUCAACUUCAACAUCGGUGCCGGCGAAGGCAAACAUUUUGUCGAGAAUCCGGUGCUUAGCGAAGAGUACUUGCAGGCUCGAAAUGCCGAGAUUGUAGUCGGACCGAUCGAACUGGCCUCUUGCAUGGAUCUGAGCGAACAGGGUGGCUGUGUAACGCUUACCAGCCCAAAGCUGCUGAAAUCGAAAGGACGCAACUACUUGCUGCACAUCAAAACGAUGACGGAUCUGUCGAAGGAUGGACAAGGUAAAACUAGAGUGCCGGUGCGGAAGAAGGGCAUUACGAGCAUUCUACUAACAUCGUUGUCGAAUAUCUCGAUACCACCAAAUGCGCCGCCCGGUGGCGCUGUGCAAGUCGGUAAGGACGGGUCGUUGACGAUUUACCCCGUGCCCUCGCCGGCUGGGUCCGCAGCGGCAAUGAAAACAAGAGCAAAUGAUUUCUACAUAGGAUGUGAUUGGUUAAAUGAAAUUUCGAUUACGGUACGAGCCACCCGGCAGCUGUACAAAGUGGAACAAGAACGUGCCCAACGAUUGGCAAUGCUCGACUCCAACAUGCUACUAGAGAACUUGUUGGGGCUGCUCCAUCAGAGCACGGCAGAAACAGCGGUACUCGUUGAUGAUGGUAGUGGGCAAGAAAAUGGUACCAUAUCGCCUGGGGAGAAUACAAUCAUCAUGCAGCAGAACCUUGCCAUCGACAUACUGAUCUGGAUCGUCACGAUACGUAUGAUGCGUUAUCGCUAUCCAAAGAACCCGUUCGCCAAGCGUGCCGCGCCGACCGAGCUGCGAAAGGUGGCGUCAACCGAUCUGAACAUCCAACAGACCGAGUGCGUGCAGAUCAUCGAGAAGCAUCUCGAGCAGACGAUUCGCCACUGCAUCGUGCUGGCGAAUCGUAGCAUUGCACACAAAUGCGUGAAGUUUAUUUCCCUGGCACUGGAGGGAGCCCAAAACAUGGUCGACAAAAACGUGUGCAACGCGUUCGAGCAAACGUUGAACGAUGCCAUUAUCAAAUGCCUGCCAGACGUAGUGAACUGCAACAAUGCCGGGGCUUUGCGUUGGUUCGCGCUGCUCAUAUCGGGAACGACCCUGGCGGAAAACCAUCUAUCCAUUGCGGAUCAUUGCCUGACCCUGCUGAAGUCGGUAGCAGAGGAGCUGCAGAAACGGAACAACCCUUACACGGCCCUGCUGCGGACCCGGUUUGGUCUGCAUGGUUCACCGUUCGAUUCGGAAGUGUUCGACGCUCAGCUGAUGGACGGACGGGUAGCUUUCGGUGGGGGUGUUGCGUACCCGUUCGGGUGUGGGCCGUCAACAAACGGGCUUAGCAUGAACGGGGGCAGCAGUAGCGCUGGCUGCACAAAUGCCGGCAAAAGUGCGGGUGGAAGUGCGGGUGGAACCCUGGGCUCUUCGGUACUGUCCGGCCCGUCAUCCAUAGAUCUGCGGCUUAUGUGUUUUGCGGACGGAGCCGACCUGAAGUGUUUGUUUGAUCAGCUGCGCAACCGGAGCAUUGGUUCACACUUUGUGGGACUGCUUGAAGUGGAACCGCUGCACUAUUCGUGCUGCGCCACAUCGGAUGCUACCAGGUUGGAAAACGUGGAUGCGAAUGGUAACACCACCACCACCACUACUACCGCCGCUACCACCACCACUACUACCGCCGCUACCACCACCAGCAAUGUGAACGGGUUCGGCGGUCCAGCGACUGGAACCGGCAAUGGCAUAACGAUUGAGCCCGUGAGCACCGCCAACAUUUUGAUCGACGAAUUUGUGCUAGAGAAUGCGGCCGGUACCGGUGCCUUUACAGUGAAGGUGGACGGUGGAAGUGGACAAGGGGAGCACGUUGAUACGAUGAUCGUUUCGUAUUCGGAAGCCGAUCAGCAGCAGGCCAACAAUAGCAGCAACCAUGGUAAAGCUGCUGGCGGUGGCAGCAGCAGCAGCAGCAGCGUCGAUGUGUCUAAGAAAGAGUUAAUGCAAUCCAUCGAGCUGGUGAAGGAAAAUCUGGCCGACGGAAUGAUGAACAAUGUGAAAAACGUUGUGGUAGAUAAGAUCUUCUUUUCCGCUCUCCAGAAGCACAAGCUAAAAUCGGCCGGGAAUUCGUCCGCCGACACGAUUGGAUUUCCUACCUAUCUGCAGCAGACCAGCACAGAUAGCCACGCCAAACCGCACGCCAUCAACAAAGGCAGCAGUGAUAGCGAGAUGGCAAAAGAGCUUGAAACGUUCGACGACAUGUACGUGGAUGAUCUGUCCUGUGACAUGUUCAAUCCGACGCUGAUAAUAACGGACACGGCUGCGGCAGAGACGGCUGCCGCCCAUGAUGGAACAGCCAGCAACACCGUUGCCGACGGGCCGCGCUCUUCGAAGGGCGUUUCGUUCACUGCAAACGAUGCCAAUCUGGAUCUACAGCAGGGGCCGCUCACCUCACUGCUGGACAACAAGAUACAGGAAUACUUUGAAGAUAAAAGUGCCGAAGCGGAAUAUGCGGCCGAUCAGUCGGGCGGGCUGCCGUGGCACAAGCUGCUGGCCAGUCCGCCGAAGCAAACGAUCGUGGUCGAGCGGAUGCAUUCCUCGGCCAUACGAUACGUUACGCUGGAUUUCGGCGCACCAAUCAUGCUGACGGACGUUAUCAUACCUGCCCAUUCGGACCUGGCGUCGCUCUCGAUCGACGUUUGGUGCUUUGAGGAGGAAGCGGACAGCGUGCGGCUGGUCGUUUCGCAGGACAUACAUUCGCGCACGCUCGUGCUGAGCGAUCUGCAGCCGCCUCCCAUCUGUCGGUAUCUAAAGAUCACUAUUACUGGGCGCUACGGGAUGACGGCUACGCGGUGCCGCAUACCGAUGGGUUCGUUCUACGGUCACAUCGUCAUUCUCGACCGUGAGGCGUACGCUGAUCCAGUGAUGAAAUUCCUGCAGAAAAGGAAAACCAAUGUGCAGACACAAAUAAAAAUUUUGAAAGCCUUGUACGAGGACGUGCAUUGCCGUUACUGUUUGGCCAGCAGCAAGCUGAUGGAUCUGCUCGUGCCGUACUUCAACAGCGAUGCUUCCAACAUUGCCCACAUGCAAGCAUUCCUGAACCGUAUGAAGGAUACGUCGUUUGGAGGGGCGCUGGGUUCGGACGGGUAUGGAACGUAUAUCAACACCACCAUGCCUGCUGGUAGCAGUGUUCCGGCCGAGUGCGCCAAGGUCACGGCAGCAUACGAAGAGUGCAUCGGAUUCCAGCAUCAGCUGAACGUAAUUCGUCGUGUGAUCGACCGCAUAAGACCUUCGGUUGAUCUGAAGCACCCAAUGUUGGCACAGCUAAUGCUGCCAACCCAGCCCACCCCGCUGAAGCCGGGCGAUGAUCUGAGCUCGAUCUACACCGACAAGCUGCGUAUCAUGAGCGAAUGUUUGAUAGAGGUGAUACUGCAGCUGGUAACAACGUACGGCAGUAUGCCUGGGUUGGCAAUGAUCGAACAACAGCAGCAGCAACAGCAGCAGCAGCAGCAGCAGCAGCAGCAAGUACAACAUAUUAGCCAAGACAUGUGCAACUUGCUGUUUGAUACGAUGGUCAUUGCUGGCGACGCGCACACUCAACUUGCAACCUGCUCCAUGCUGGUUCGGAUGUGCUGUCUCGAGUCGUGGUGGGGCGAUUUUCUUGCGGAUAAAUUUUUGACUCUAUAUUCUUCACAAAACGAUCGCAUUUUCCCGCAGGACCGUGUAUUUCUACUGCUCACCUACUUGGGACGGCGAAGUAUCGCGAUUGGCCGUAGUCGCACGACCGUGAUUGAUGCGAUCUUGCGCAGUCUGGCAACACUGCUUGCGCCGCUGGCAACUAGCGGCGCGUCCGGUAUGAGUAUCUGGUGCAGUACGGACCUAAAUCUGAUUGGCUGGAUAUUGCUGUUUUUGUCCGUGUGUCUGGACGAUGGAACGGAGGGCAGAAAGGAUCAGAACAAUAUGCGAUGGGAUUUUAUGUCUGGAGAAACCGAUAUGGUUAAGGCACGGAUGAACAUCAACAACAGUGGUUUGCGCACGUUGACCCGAUCCUUCAAGAAGCGGCUAAUUCAAACAAAGCAGUACAGCUCACUCACAGGAGGAGGCGCUUCAUCAAAGCUGGAGAUGGCAUUAAAACAGCAAGAAAAUCAACUGAAGAAGCUGACCGUGAACAUAAAGCAAAGCCUUGGCGAUUACAUCAAUGAGAUAAACAGCAAAAUGAAAGAGAUUGGUAACUCGAUUAUGGUACCGUCCUCGCUGAAUAAGAACGAGACUGCGGGACAGGACGGCAGCAGUGCAAUGUCGUCAUCAUCGGGCGGCGGCAUGCACGCCACUUCGUCUACCGCCAGCAACAUGACCCAACUGUUGUCUUCUGGAUCGAAGGGUGUGGGCAAGUUUGUUAACAUUGGCAGUGAACGCACGAUAAAAGACACAUCCAGCGAUGCAGUGAUGGGCCAUGGAAUGUCCGCUUCUAAGGGAGCGGGUGACACGGCCGAUGGAGAAACUCCUUUCGAUGCGGGCCUAAAGUCAAUGAAAAUCGGUAAAAUUAUCGUGGUGAUUCGUGGUCUUAUUGGGUUGCUGCUCAGCAUGGACUUUACCUGCAACAUGGAUCUGUUCCUAAUCACAUGCAAAAUUGUUGCACGACUCGUGUUGGCCUGCCGACCAGCCCUGCAGCUGUCGAAGAUCAUCACCACGAACCAGCUGCUGCAGCUGAUUAGGAUUGCGGUAUGGGAGAAUCAGCAGCAACCGUGGGCAGUGCAUGCCAUCACCUGUCUGCUGCAGGAUGUGUUGGAAGCGGACAAAAGCUUCAAGGACGAUGAAAACGAUACCUCCGACUCACCGAACGACGACGGAGCUGCAGGUGCGGCGGCUUCCGCACACUCAACUGGAUCAAAUGCGACACUGCACUCGAUGCGACCACCGGCGGAAGUACCGUACAAACAGCAGCAUCCACUGCAGAGCACGGCACAUCAUGUGUCGUGCGAUCUGAGCUACGCCGAUGUGGCGAAAAGUCAGCUACCCUCGGUGGUGGAAUGCGAUGAUCCGGAAAUGGAGGAAAUACUAAUAAUCGACGAAAUAUUUUCGGCACGAGAAAAACGCUUCCACCGGCGUGAUAUAGGCGCGUUUGCAUCAUUCUCUAGCAAAUACAGCAUCACAAACAAACCGGUUUCUGUGGCAAUGGACGCGCGGCUGGAAAUGGGACUGGAUACGAAUGUGGAAAUAGUGUUACGCCGCUUAACGACUCGCUCUGCCUUCAAUCUGAUCACGAGCUUACCGCACGUUGCCAUGAUGCCCGAGCUGCUCGGUAUUGGCGCUUCGUCGGGACAACCGUCCGAAUCGUUGCCACCCUGGCCGGACACGAUCACAGACGUGUGGUCGGGCCCGGAAUACCUGCAGGGGAUGGAAACGAACGUAAUGCUAACCGAGGUGUUCGACAACAUCCUUUCCGACCUGCACCAACUGGAUUCAUGGCUAAAUCUGGAGAAAAUCCUCCAGCUCUGGCUGACGCUGAACGGCGAGACGCUGGAGAAUAUUCCUGGAAGCUGUUCGACCGGAUUGAACCCUUACUCAUUUCCGCGUAUCCCGUUCGGUGAUCGGGCGGUGAAGGGGCUGCUCAAAGCGCUUGCGUCACAUCCGAACAUUAAGCUGCGGGCCUGGUGCCUCGGAUUUCACUGUCUGAUUUUGGCUUGCAAACCGCACUUCGAAGCAGACUGUCUCGAUAAUAUGGCUUCGAGUAGUGAUAAUCAUUUCCGCCGCAUGGGAACUAUGAUAGUGCAAGAUGAAAACUUCGAGAAGAUGCUUUUGCGCUUUUUCUCCGGUGCUGAUCAAUCGUUGAUUUCCAUGGAUGGUGGUAGCAGUCGUUACGCUGGACCAACGGUGUGUAAGCUUGUGGUGGAGCUGUUCAUUUGGCUAGAAAUCCGGUGCAAUGUCGGUGAGGAGCUGAAACAAACACUACUUAGGGUAACGUUGCAUUUGGUGCAAUUCGGCGGUGCGAUUGCCAACCAGCAGGGUCCCAUCGAUGCACAGAGUCAAAUGAUAAAGGAGCUGCUUAACGUCCCCUUCAACAAGAGCGAUUUGGGCAUCGCAAUGAGCAUCAUCGAGUGUGUUUCCCAUCUCGUGUACAACAAUGUAGUGAAUGUGGAGAAGCUAUACUGUCAGAAAACGGUUGAAUCAAACAACUCGGGUGGUAUGCUGGGUGGAGGGAUGCGUUUUAGUAGCCUCUUUGCAACCGUAUUCAACGCGGAAUCGAAUCGCGCGUGUAAAACCGCUACCGACAGUUCGCUGUUGGUCGAUUUGCUAAAGCUGGCGUCGAUACUAGUGAACACGAAAAACCCCCACGUCAGCACUGGAGCGGAUGGUGGCAGUAUGGCCGAAGAAAACGCCUCGGCUAGUGUGCAAGCUGGCGCCGGUGUGGACAAUCUGAACACGUCCAGCGAGAGUCAGACAGAUGAGAUCAAAGCUGAACAACAGCACACCGGAGGUUCUGGGGGCGCAAGUGCAGCAAACGGUACCGGAGCGGGUGUCAACAGUGGCAGCGCAGCGUCGGGAAGUGGCGAAACCCGCCCGAAGGUACCGUGCUUCGCUGACACCGUGUUGCAGCACUCGCCAACGAUGAAUCGGUUGCUGAGCACGCUUUCGCACUGCAGUCAUUCGUCUUUGACAAUGCUCGUAGCGUCCACGGUUAGCUAUGGCAAUGGGGCUGAUAGUGGAAGUGUGAAAAACCUGCGCAAUACGUACCCGGAGUUGUGUACCGUGGCGGAUGCGGUCUUUCAGCUGCUGCUAUACCUAAGCCGUACCGCGUCGCAGAAUGAGCUGAUAGUGAAACCCCUGUUCGAGUACAUCAAUAACGCAUCCAACGCGAGACACGCAAUGCCUAAGCUGCACCUUUCCGAGCCUUUCUUGUGGUUCAUCCUGAAGGUGCUCGGUACGCCCUCGUCGGUUGCCAUCUUCACCGAGCUCGGCGGCAUACAGGUGCUGUGCGAAAGUUUAGUCCGCAGCAAUCGAGCGCUCAUCAACACACAGCCGAGCCUGGUGUCGAUGAUAAUGCAGCGUUUGUCGAAAUCAUCCGUCGGUUUGCACGGCACGGGUGGUGCCGGUGGAAGUGGAAUGGCCGGCGGCAACGGUGGCGGAAGCUCGUCGAAGAAGAGCACCCCGAUCGUGGCGACACCUCGCAACGAGGAGGGUCUGAUCAACUUCGCUCCCUAUUCCACCAUUACGUCGGACAAUCAGUCGGUGCAGGCGGCGGACGUGUUGAUCCAGACACCGAUCGCUUCCCAUCGCCGGGCUAGGAACCCAGCGUGGAGCUACCUGUUCUAUCCCAACGAGUCGAAUGUCGAUCUGACGAUCACACUCCCAACGGCUGUCCUGUUGAAGGAGGUGCAGCUGCAGCCGCAUCUUGCCACGCUUGCCACCUGCCCUUCGGCGGUGGCAAUCGAGGUGACGCGGGACAGUAUCCUCGGCCCGAUACCGAUUACGCAACCCAUCUCGACCGUGGGUAUGACGUGCAUUCGGUUGCGCUUUGCCCAGCCAGAGAUUGCGACCAGCGUGAUCAUACGGCUGUACCGGCCUCGCGAUUCGAUGAACAUUGGACUGACGCAAAUAUCCAUCCUGGGAACGACCACGUUCGGCGAACUGGCACAACCCGGCCCGUCCGGUUUUGGCGGUAGCCCGAUGCUAAACUGGCCCAGCUGCCCCAUGGUAGCGUUUAACGGAGCAUCGGGAUCGGGCAGUAAUCUGAAACCAUCGAACGAUUUGUGCAACAGCGUUAGCUACCGUAAGGCAUUUGGUUUGGGCGAUAUGGACGCCGGCGUCGGGCUGGGAGGUGCCGGAGGCGACGACGAUCGUAUGGCCGGUGCAGCACGCACCAGCCUUGGGUGGCUGCGUGUGCUGACGCAGUGUUUCGGAGUGACAAUAUACUACGCCGACCAGCAGCUGGCGAAUCGUGUGAUCGAUGCCGCGAAUGAAGUGACUGGCUUUAUGGAGGCUUGCUGCGCGCUGCUGAACAUUGCCCCGAACAGUCCGAACGACACGCUGCAAAAUCUGGAAACCGUGCUGCUGAAGCUGGGACUGCACAGUCGGGAAAUGGGUCUACGGCUCAUCAACACACUGCUGCGCCAAAGCAUACCCCAGACGUUCCAGCUUUCGAACGAUUCUAUCUCCGACCUGCUGUAUCAGCUGUGCACGAUGCAGAACGAACACACGCGCGACAGGCUGCAGGCCAUGCUGGAGUGGGUCCUGACGUUGUACGAGCGCUACCGGCAGAGUAUGGCCGCGGGAGGGUCGAGCACGAUCAAUCAACACCGAUUGGCCCUUCACGCCACCAAUCCGUACAGUGGGUUCGUGCGCUGCCUGGCAGCCAUACUGUGGCAAGCUUUCGCGACGGAUCUGAUUCCGGAACUGCUGGACAUGGUCUCGCGCGAGCUGUUCGAUGUGCUGUUCAGCUGGGUACAGGAGCUGGAACAGCACGAGGGUGGUGCCGGUGCCGGGCCGUUGAAGAAAGCUAUCGAUGCGCUGCUCUGCUCAGUUUGCUGCAUCCGGCCGGAGUUUUUCACCAUGCUGUUGCGGCGCAUGGGCGUCCUGGUGCCGAACUUGUCCACCGAUCUGACGGCGUCGAUUUCGGACGAUCGAAAGGAUGGCGAACGGCGCACGGACGACAGCAAGCAGGAGGAGUCGGACACCACGGAAUGGUACAGCCAUCUUGUGAUAGAGGAUAUUGCUUCCUUGGAUUUGUCCUCCAGCCAGCUGGCAACGAUUGCCAUGGCCAGCCAGUCCCCGUUGGCCAUACAGCAGCUGAUUGAUUCCGGUCUGCCGAAGCUGCUGAAUUCCGUCAUCCUGGAGUUUUGCCGUCGUGCCACGAACUAUGUCGAGCGAAUGCGGCGCGGAACUGUGAGAGCAGCAAGUAGCGGCAGUAGUCAAUCCAGUGCCGCCGCAUCGUCUGCUGGCGCUGGGUCGACGGAGGGGGCCUGUCUAACGGAUGCCGACAAGUGGAGCGGCAGUGAAUCGACCGAAAGUGCUAAACUACACCCGAUGGUUAACAUCCACAAGGUGACGGAAAUUCUGGCCUUCUUCACGGAAAUGUGCUCCGAGGGGCACAUGCGCGAUUGGUUGGGCAGCCACGAAGGCGCCAUAUUCUGGGAACCGUUGUUGCUGCUCCUGUGCAACAGUCAGCUCGCUAACGUGACGCGCGACAUAACGACCCAGUCCUGCCUGGAGCUGGAGGAGUGCUUCAUCAAGUUCCUGUCGCGUGCCACGACAUGCCAUCCGAAGAAUCAGGAAGUGCUGACAAUUAACCUCAUUUCCGUGAUACGCAAAUCUGAUCCGACGGAGGAGGCGAUGCACGGCGGCCCAACCGAUGGUGCAGCGCCGCCCACCACGUCCGCUCCGCCUCUGUCACGGAACUGUAUUUCUGGGUUCACCCGACGGCUGGUGUUGCAAAUUUUGCUCGAAAGCGAAAAGAUAAUGGUGGCGGUGCGCAGCGAUUUACCCUUGCUGCAGAGCAAGGAAGUAAGCGGUACGGGCGCCGGUGGACUGUACAACUCCAUCGCAAACCAUCCGUCGAAGCGGCCCAACGCGCACCUGAUGCUGUUCCAGCUGAGCACGACUGCCAAAUGCCAGGACAUACUGGAUCAGUGUGCUGCGGCAGUUUAUCAGCCCAUCUUGCCCUCUGCUGUACCUGCAGCCACGUCGGUGGCCACUGCAUCACAACCUGCGGGUGUGGCUGUUGCAACGGCAGCGUCCACUGCUGGAGGAACCUCAUCGGCUACAGCUGCAGGCAGUAGUGGUGGGGGGAUCGGUAGUGAUCUAUCGAUGCUAACCGGUGGUGGCGUGUCCACACUGGUCACGAAUGUAGGUGGCGGCAGUAGCGGAGCGAUGGUAUCUUCCGCCGGAGCAAGCUCUUCUAGCAGUGCACAGGGCUGCCGGGACAGUGAACUAUGGGAGCUGGGCAUCGGGCUUGAGUUUCUCAGCGUUGCGGCGGGGGUAACGGCCAAGGACAAACGGCUGAAGGAGGCGAAAAAUCAAGCAACAACCAUGCGCCGGAAGGAUUUGCUUUCAAUGUUCAAGAUGAAGAUGGAUGAUGCUAAGCUCUCCGUACCGGAUGGUCUGUUCCUAACGCACUCGGCCGUGCCGGAAGUAAUAAUAACAAGCGACACAACCAUCUCCCAACUGCUGACAAUGCUAAAAUCUGCCGGCAUAUCGCUUUCGAUACCGUGCAUCAAUCUGAACUUGAUCGACUCAAAGAAUCGACCAGCUACCGAUGCACCGUCCAGUGGGGAAUCUUCCUCCAUGUCCUCGUCGUCCGGGCCUGGAUCGUCUGCCUACAUGCGCGCGACGGAGUUUUUGCCCUUGCCCUCACCAUUGCAAAUCUUCUCGAGCCGCGGUGGUCUUUCGCUGCUAGCCCACUACCUGCCGACCGUGUAUCCCGAGAUGCCGAAAACCAGUGCCUACUACAUGGACAAGGAUCGCAGCCCGUCGGGAGCGGCAGGCGUCGGCAGUGCCGGUGCCGGCAACGAAUGGGUGAAGCUCGAGCAGAUGGACGAAAUCUACGAAGAUUUGGAUGAUAUCGUCGCCGAAUCGUCACCAAAGGCGCAAGCAAUUACGGCCAUCCCGCAGCAUUCGCUCGCCGCGUUUGCACUGUUCCUAAAGCUUCCGGCGUACUCGGAAGUGUUGCUCAACGAUACCGUCCGGGCGCAGUGUUUGCUGCGCCUAAUACUGGGCGUUACCAGUGACGGUGAGGGUAAUGAAAUUUACAGUCUGCCCCUGUCCAGCACAUUGCCGACGUUGCCGUUCGAGGUGUUCCGGCAGCUCCUGGAAUCGUCGCCACUGACCACCGACGACGGUGUACUGCUCCGGCGCAUGGUGAUUGAAGUUGGUGCAAUACAUCUCGUGUUGAAUUGUCUCAGCAUCUUUACGCACCAUAAUGGCAGCGGGUGUUCCGUACGAGCAGCAGGCGCUGCUUCUGGGCAAGCCGGAACAAGCGCUACCACCAGUACGGCCAAUAAUGCGUUCGACACAAUGUACCAAGGAAUAUCUACCGGCACUGGCACAAAUAAAUCGUCCUCCACUAUGACUGGCAACGCUACGGCUAACAAUACCGAGGACCAGCUGAAUGCUGACGAUAAAGGACAUAUGUACUGGGCGAAGGGAACAGGAUUCGGUACCGGCUCCACCCAACAGUCGUGGAACGUGGAGCAGGCGCUUAUGCGUCAGAAAAGUGAAGAAGAACACGUUACCGUAAUGUUGCAGGUUCUAUCGAGUUACAUUAAUCCGGGCUGCAAUAGCUACGUGAUCAGUUCCGGCACGGAAGAAUUGCACAACUUCAAGGAUUCGUUCGAAUCGGUCGGUGAACUUCCACCCAUCUUCCUUGAUCUCAUCCAGCAAAGCUGUCUCAUUCCCGCCCUAAGUUCCUAUUUGCGCAACGAUUCAGUGUUGGACAUUACGCGGCAUAUUCCACUGUAUCGUGCAAUUUUGCAGCUGCUGCGAGCCAUCUCCGUUUCCAAUCAGCUAGCGAUGCUGCUGGUGAACAAGAGUGCCAGCGAGGGUAAACUAUCUAUUGCAGGGCUGCUGUCAAACAUGAAGGCCUGUGUGGAUACUUAUGCUAGUCGGUUGAAGGUUAACAAAAAGUCAAAUCUGAAAGGGCAGACGCAAAAAAUCAUCGUCAGCUUGGACGAUGGCGACGAUGAAGGGUUGGCGCUGAUGAUGCAUGACAUCCAGCUGACGUCGUUGCUGGUACAGAAUGCAACCAACAUUGACAUCACGAACGCGGCCGAGGAAGAGGAAAAGCAACUGAUCCCGCGUCCAAUCACCAAGUCCGUCGAGGACAAGUAUUUGGAGAUAAUGAAAGCGCUGCAGUUCGACACUUACGAGAUGAUUGCGGAGUCCGAAAAUGGCUAUCGCUUUACGAUUUCACACCACUUCGAAACGAACGUACGGAUGGCGGGCGACCGUGGCCAUCCGGGGCGCGUGAAGCGGUUGGCGCAGGAAACGGUGACCCUUUCCACCAGCCUGCCCCUGUCGUACAGCAGCUCGGUGUUCGUACGAUGCGAUACGGAUCGGCUGGACAUCAUGAAAGUGCUGAUUACCGGACCGGCCGAAACGCCGUACGCUAAUGGGUGCUUCGAAUUCGACGUGUACUUCCCACCGGACUAUCCCAACUCCCCGAUGAUGAUCAAUCUUGAAACGACCGGUCGCAACACGGUCCGCUUCAAUCCGAACCUGUACAACGACGGCAAGGUUUGCUUAUCCGUGCUGAACACAUGGCACGGGCGGCCGGAGGAAAAGUGGAACGCGCUCACGUCCAGCUUCCUGCAGGUGCUGGUGUCCAUUCAGAGUCUUAUCCUCGUGCCCGAGCCGUACUUCAACGAGCCGGGUUUCGAGCGUAGCCGCGGCACACCGACGGGCACGCACAGCUCCCGGGAGUACAACAGCAACAUCUAUCAGGCGUGCGUGCGGUACGCGAUGCUGGAGCAGCUGCGCCAUCCGUGCCCCUGCUUCCAGGACGUCAUUCACGCGCACUUCUGGCUGAAGCGCAACGAGAUCUGCAACCAGAUCGAGGAAUGGAUCGCCGAGCUGAGCCAUCCGUUGCAGCACGAGCGAACCGGCCGAACGAUAUCAUUCAACGCCAUGGUAUUGCGCCGCCAGUAUCGACAGCUGCGCGAGGAGCUUGCCAAGCUGACGCCACCGGAAGGGCUGGAGGAGGCGGACUUCCCGUUCAACGCUGGCAGUAACGUUACGCCCACAACACCUUCCACUGCUGCGACUAGCACGACCACCGCCGCGAACACUGCGACGGUGUCGUCCAGCGGUGCGGCGCUUCUCACCUGUACCUCCGGUUCAAUGAUGCAUUCCUCUUCAUCCUGCUCUUCGUCCUCUUCAUCGACGUCAUCGUCUUCGUCCUCUUCUUCCUCGUCGUCGUCCUCUUCGUCGACUUCGUCGUCGUCGUCAUCGAACUCAUCGGUGCAUAGCCAGCAAGCCGCUGCUGCUACUGCCACCACCAAUGCCAAUGUGGCCGAUAGCCUCGCAACGGACGGUGCGGACGGUUCCGAGAGUGGCGGUAGCGCCAUUCUUCAAACGGCAAGCUUCGAGGAUGAGGUAGAAGCGGUUAAGGCAGCGGUAGGAGGAGGAGUACGCGAUGGUCACGAGACUGACAGUGGUGGUCAUGAGACGGGUGAGAUGAUGACCGAGGAAGUUGCCGUCGUAUUCAGCGACCAUUCCGAGGAGCAGUGCAGCGAAAGUACCGCUCCAUCCGGAGCUUCGGGUUCGGGCGGUGGAGACUGCAGCGAAUCGUCGUCGAGCGGCGGCAGCAGCAUCGUGUGCACCGGUGUGUCCGCCAGCUCCGUGGAUAAUAGCACCAGCGAAUCGUCGGCUGCCGUGACCGGCUGUUUGUCCGAGGAGACGGCCGGCUCCAACCAAAUGCCCAGCACGACGGACGACAUUAGUAGUAUCAAUAGUAACGAGAAGCCAAUUAGUAGCAGCGUGCACGAAUCCCUAGACGAUGAGGCCGAUCUUUCGCUGGAAGAGAUGGCCCUGUCACUGGUUUAGGGUGAGUGAAGUAAGCCGAGGGUGGCCAUCACACCUUCGUUGUACAUUCGUUCUAUUCCUUAACGUACUAUAAUUUCCACAUUUCUUCAUAAACUUAUGUUCCGGGGUAAGGAUAUACUAAGGAACAUAACUAUAACAUACAUGUAUUCCCCGUUCAUGGUGAAAAUAAGUCACGGAGAGAACCCUAGCUGCAGUAGCAGCAGCAGCAGUAGUACGUUAGAAGCAGGAAACAGGCGACAGGUCGGUGGUAUACUAUAGAACAUUCAAACCCCGUUGUGUGUGGUAUGUGUUUAGGCGCGAAAGCUUUUGCUGUGGACUGUAGGGUAUGGAUCGUAGCAAAUUGCGUGCAGUGAUGUGAUAUAAUUAGAUAUGCUAUCAAUGCGCAGAGGCGGACAUACCAGAUGAGCUUUCGAUCUCAGACGAAAAAAGGGGUUGCCGACAGCCGACAGAAUUAGUAAUGAAAAUGAGAAAUAUUGAAGAAGGAUGUGCAGACAAUUCAACGGCAACGGAAAGGCGAAGAGGGAAUGGAUCUAUUCUUUGAUUUUGUUUAUUUAUAAGAUAAAGCAAAAAACACACCACAUUUAAAAAGAGCCAUAGGAAAGGAUUAUAAAAAAAAAACAAAACAAAACAAACCAACCCCGUAGAUUAAUCACAUUUAAUAGCUCCUGGCUCUUGAGUAUCUUACUUUUAUAGCGACAGGUCCGUACACAGCUUUUACCACCUUACCUGAUGUUGUUGAAAGAGAGGAAGAUGUUGUUUUUGUUCUGGGUUUUGAACGAAUUGUAAUGAAACAAUUUAGGUUUUAUUGAUGAGCUUUCGGAUUAGCUUAGCGCUGCCGUGCCGUUUGGCGUUGUUCAGUUAGGAAAACCGGUGGAUUGGCGGACUGUUGAAGGAUUUUUUGUUUUAUUAUUUCCACUUUGCUAGCAACACAUUUUCAUUCUGUAUCGUUUUGUAUCCAUAUGUAUUGUUUAGCAGUUGCUGAAUGGCCGAUGGCCGCAGGAUAAAUCAUCAAUGGCCGCCAAUAAUCCCUCUUUCAGUUCCCAAAUGUAUAUGUACAGCAGCAAUACGAAGUAUGGUCAAUAAGUGUAAUAAUCAGUUUUAUUUGCAAUUAGGAUUUUCUUCUUUCACUAAUAUUAUAUUCGUGUGUAACACACAUUCAA